CAACACUUUUUUUAAACAGAAAAACAGUACCUUCCUUCAAGGCCACCUCGACGCCGCCGCCGUCGCAAACCAUAAAAAACCCCCAACCCCCCCCGUACUCGCCGGCGAAACCGGGGCGGGCGGCGGCGGCGACUAUGGGGGAGUACGCAACGGUGAAGACCUCGGUGUGGUGGGACAUCGAGAACUGCCAAGUCCCCCGCAACUGCGAUGCCCACCUCAUCGCCCAGAACAUGAGUUCCGCCCUCACAGCCGCCGGCUACACCGGCCCCAUCACCAUCUCCGCCUACGGAGACACCAACUGCGUCCCCAACCCCGUCCAGCACGCCCUCUCCAGCACCGGCAUCGCCCUCAACCACGUCCCCGCAGGCAUUAAAGAUGCAAGUGAUAAAAAGAUCUUAGUUGACAUGUUAAUCUGGGCUAUUGACAACCCUCCACCAGCAAAUUAUUUGCUAAUAUCUGGUGACCGGGACUUCUCAAAUGCACUUCAUAAGCUAGUACAGAGACGGUAUAAUAUUCUACUAGCACAACCUCCAAAUGUGUCUCAAGCACUUACAGCUGCAGCAAAACAUGUUUGGCUAUGGAAAAGCCUUGUGGCUGGGGAACCACCAUUGGCAGAGUCGCCAUACAUAAGUAGCAUAGCAAAUGGCAGCAUGGAUCAUUCGGAUGCGUUGAAGAACAUGCUUUCAGAUUCUUCAGAUGCAACUCCACACAACAGUACUCAAGUGCUGAAUAACAUUCCAUUUGAUCAGCAAAAAGGUGGUAAUGGAAAGGGAGAUAAACAAUAUAAAGUUAGGCAACCUCGGAAAAACCAGUCAGACAAUGUAUCUAAACCAACAAGGACUGAGGAAAACUCAGUUGAUGGAGUACCUGAUAGUUCUAAAGGAAGCAUUGCUAGCCAACCAAAUCAAUCUCUCACGCCAUCAUCAGCGUCAUUAUCUAGUUCUGAUUCGCAAGAUGGGGCACAGGUGGAUCAGCUGAAUACACCAAAAGUUCAGCCAUUUUCCCUGUCCAAAAAGCCUGUAAAAUCUGCUCUUUCCCAUCAAAAGAGCGCUCCUCAUGACUUUUAUCAUGGUAAGAAGCCUGGUAUGUCAACCGAGUCUUCAUCUAAAAAUGGUGCUUCAGAUGUUAAUAGCCAUGGUCAUCCAAAGCAUCAGAAACCCCAAUCCUCUCAGCAACCAAGACCACAGAAUCCAGUGAAUCAUCGUCCUCAUGGUGGAUCUAGCAAUUUUCAAUCAUCAAUUUCACAUAGAAGCAACUCAUGUCCAGCACCAGCUGGGUAUAAUGGUAUUCCUACUGCACCGUUGCAAUCCUGGCAAGGCGGCCCACCUUAUCAUGGACCACCAAUCAAUUAUCCUGAUAUGAGUCGGCUGAAUAUUUCUGAAUACCCUAGAGGAAUUCAUAAUAACCAAGGUUUGAAUGUCAAUUACCAUCCAAACCAUCCUGGUGCCCCUCAUAUGGUUCAACCUGGUUACAGUGAUCAUAGUUACAGACCUCCAACUCAACCUAACAUGCCUAGCAACAUGCAAAAUACUGGACACUGGGGAGCCAACCUGGGAUGUCCACAACCAUCUUUGGACCCUCAAGGUCUUGUAAGAUAUAUCUUAGGUGCUUUGGAAGUAUUGAAGACUGAGAAGAUUCCCCCAACAGAACAAAAUAUAGCAGAUUGUAUACAUUAUGGGGAUGCUAAUCUACCAAAUUUUGAUGUCAAGAAGGCUCUUCAGGUUGCCAUGCAGCAUCAAGUUGUUGUCACGAAAAAGUUAGGGAAAAUGUCAUUCUUUCUUGGGAAGAAUGAAAAUCUCUGGAAAUGUGUCAAUAUAAUGGAUGAUAAUGCAAAAUACCCAAAAGAAACUCUAGAUUCUGUUCAUACUUUCAUAUCUUCUGCCCAUGGCUACUCUGCGAUAAAGAAUUCUCAGUCUAGGUAUCAAGCUGCUGCUAUGUUGAAGAAAACAUGCCUGAAGAAUCUUGCCCUUGGUGAAGUUCUUCAGGUUCUGAAUAUCAUAAUCAAUACAAAAAAGUGGUUUGUGCCAAAUUCUUCAGGGUGGCAGCCAUUGUCCUUUAACAUAAUAGUGGCUGAUGCGACUACAGAUGCUAGCGGGAAUGCUUAGCAUUGGUACAUUUGUCUGCUCAUAUCAAAUGAACACUUUGAGGUUCUGGUGGUCGGUGCAAAACUGUGUCUGCAAAAGCAAAGUUCUGUUGAAGUUUCCUGGCACAGUGCUUUUAUCUGCAUUUUGCCAGGUUUCGGGAUAUUAAGUAGUUUUACACAUAUCUUAGCAGCAGUGGAAUAGUAAGUACUUCAUCCCAUGAAAAGUGCAAUCCUAGCUUUUGAAAAAAGUCCCACAAAAGAGUGCAAUCCUAGAAAAUAGAUCUAACUACCUGCCUAAUUAAGUGGUCAGAUUUGAUUUGCAUGCUAAAACUUACUGCAUGUGGCCAACAAAUGAGGGUAUUAGCCUUUUCACGCCACCACUAAUCUGUCCUAGAAAAACUAGAAUUGCACUCUUCAUGGGACGGAGGGAGUAGUUCUCAGACUUGUUAUGUCUUAGUGGGAGUCUGUCUGUCAAUACACCAUUUGGCCUGUUAAAAGAACUCCGUCGCGGUUAGCCUGGUUGCGGUUAUUCUUAUGGGUGCUAGUUGCUGUGGUAAGAUAAUUCUGCGAUCGACUAUAAAGUAGUUCUGAAGGACUAUCGCCUUUUGUUCAGGCAGUAAAUCAGUUCCUGAUGCUGGUGGUUACUAUAUGCUCUCAUUAUACCUAGAUGGUUUAAAAGGAUCCUCAAAAUAUGAGUUGAUUUCGAGGAAAUAUUCCAUAGUAUGAGCAUAGCUGCUGCUAAUUAAGCUACUCUAUGAAGCCUUGAAGUCUUGAACUAUCAUUAUUGAAGCCCCAUUUUCUACAUAUACUCACAGCAACGAACAUGAAUGGAUGGAUCAUGUGAAGUUCAGUGACUCCAUGUGGCUCUGGAUGAUUGAUCCUAUCUGGAUUUCUACUUUUGCUGCAUGGCAACGGAUUCUGAAAUGCAAACAAACUGCAUUCAAGACAGUCAUGCUAUUUGCUGCAAGGUUAGUAGGUUACCUAUUUGGUGUCUGCCAUUCUUGGGGGAAGGUUUGGAGUAAAUCUAAACGCCUUUUGGCGUCUUUCUUUGCUUCUUCCCACUUUAGAUGGUGGUAUGCAUCUUGUAAUGCUGACAGUUCUCAAAACUAUGGCUGGUUGUAAAUCUCAUGCUGGUUGCUGAUUCUGCUCAGCCCUUUGGUUGCCAUGUUGCUUAGCAGUUUAA